AUGUACCUGCCUUUAGAACUCAUCCGCUUGAUAGUCCAGUUUAUCCUCGCUCAGCCCCGUACGAGCUCCCAAGAUGGUGGCAAUAACGAUAAACCUGAAUGGGCAUCGAUACAUUCAUUCUCCUUGGUAUCAAAAACAUACCGAGAUGUAGCACUCGAGGCGUGGUUCUCAAAGCUUUACACUAAGGUUUACGAGGAUACCUUUCCAGAUGGACAUCUGCUACCUGAAAUCUUCUCGAAAUGGACGAGCGAACUGCACUGUGUUCAGUUGCCGCCGACUCUCGCAAAUCCCAUACAAGACUGGUACAUCGACGGAUUCACUCGGCUGAGGAAGAUACGGCUGGAUUGGUUGUCAAUUAAAUAUACACCAUACUGUCCUUUAUCUGGCAGCCAGGAUAACGACCAAUGGAACGUGGAAUUACGGUUUUCCCGCGCAAAAGCUUCGGGGAUAACGGAAUUAGAUCUCAGAGACGUCUUGUGGCCUUCUCCUGUGCUCCUCCGUGGUAUCUCCAGGAGUUUUCCAGCGUUACGCGUACUCCGACUGCGUCAGUUGCAGACAUGGUGUGGACUAUGCAAUACCUGCUGCAUCGCCCGAUUCAAAGAACCCUGUCCAACCAAGAUAGUGUACGAAAAUGGUCUGGGGCUUCCAGGACAUAACCCAAAGGCUCUGUCUUGCCUAGAACAACUCGAAUACGUGUAUCUUAAUAUAGGCGUUCUUUCCUCGGGCACCACCAUUUUAGCUGACGGCAACAAAAACGAGAACACGUGGACCGGCGAAUGCGAUUCCUGUAUGGCAUCGAUGUAUUCAGACGAGGAGUUUCGACGGAGGUGGGUUGAGAAGAAGAAAAGUAUCCCCAGAGAAGAAAGGCCACCUUCACUAAAAAAAGUCGAAUGGAGUUUUUGGACCGCGUCGCCCGAAGACGAUGACUCAGAGUACUUGGAAGAAGAAAGCGAUUCCUCUGAAGAAGGUAGUGAAUUGGACGAUUAGAAGGAAGCAAAGUGUUUUAUUCUCAGCGUGGCUCCUAAACAGAAACAUGAGGAGCAUUCUUCCACGAUAAGGGUGGGUGGUAGAAUGUGAGACUCAGCUCAACUCACUAAGCAACAAAAAGGUGAGGUUACGUUCAUGCAAAUGCGACUGGUGACUACUCACGAGUUGUACAGGUAUAUAUACUUACUAAAAAAAAUACCCUGGAAACUGAUAUCGAAUGCAAGUGAUCUCACGAGAAUUCAAGCGGUUGCCGAGCUGUCGUAACAGAUCCUCGUCAUGUGAAGCUCAAAACACAAGCCAGUGAUCGACAUGUCGUCCAAG